AUGGCGAAAGAGGUGUUCACCCUGGAUGGAGGGAAAAUAUCGGAGUUUGAACGACUGGGGUUGGGGAAUUUUGACUUCCUCUCCUACCCUCAGGAGUGCAACAAAGAAGAGAUGGUGAGCACGUUAGAGAGCAUCCACUUGAGUUACCUGCUCGCAGGGUGUAACGUGAUAAGUACGAACACCUUUCAAGUUAACCUUCACAGUUUGCAAGAAAAAGGAAUAAGCAUAGAGGAGGGACAAGGCAUAAUCGACACAUACAUUGACAUCGCUCAUAAUGCUUUGCUCAAAUAUGAACGAAUAAAACGGACCACCGACUUUCCACUUCAUCUGGGGAUGACCCAAGUGGAGGAGAAGGAGUCUUCUCCUUACGAUCAUCUAGAAAAGUUUCAGAAAAUGAGGAUCCAUUGGGGGAUACUUCACCCGAAUGAUUCUGUGGAUACAAGGGAAUAUGUAGACAGAUUCGAUUUGAAUGAUGAUGUGUGGACGGGGAACCCCAUCAGGAGAUGCCAAGAUUACUAUGUGGCAUUUUCCACUGGAGGAUACAGUUCAGCUUUCCGCGAUUUUAGUGAAUACUCUGGGGUGUUGCGGAAGGAGAGGAAGGCAACCAACUGGGGGGAUGGAGGGGGAGUGGUUCAGCCCGACAAAGCCGUGGUAGGAUGCAGGUCGCAGAACCAAAGUUACGAUAUCAUAAUAAAGACACCCCCCGAAGUGGAAGGAUCCCUCAUGCACCGACAGAACCAACUACCGGAUAUAGAAAUGGUCCCACUUAGUAGUACACAGAGGAGUGCAACUUCCACAGAGGAUUUCCCAAACAAACAUUUUUUCAAUUACGGUUUGGAAUACUAUAUAGAUGUACGAGACGAAGAAAUUAUUUCGAAUAGUAAAUUCAGAAUAGAUUCAUACAAAAGAAACGAACAUAAACUUCAAUUAUUUUCUGUAAUCACAUCUUCUAACGUACGAGAAGUAUUCACACUUUACCACCACCUAAAAACUUGUGGGGGAGGUUUUGAAAAAAACGUGGUGGUAAGUUUCUACUGCAACAGUAACAAGAACAUUGGUUGCACAGAUUACUCGUUCCUUGACAUGGUGCUGACUCUCCUGUAUCUGGAUUCUCGCAAUCACUUUAUUAAAGCUAUCGGUGUAAACUGCGUAAACAUAGACUACGUUCGAGAGUUGAUUCUUCCUUUAACAAGGUGCAUUAAGCCGGAUGGUAACAUCGACGUGAAUGCUUAUCCAUGUCCAAAUGGAGAGUUGGGAAGGUUAAUCAAAACCGUUUUAAAGGACUUAAAAAAAAACACAUACUUGGGAGAUAUUCAUUUUUUUGCCUCACCGAACAAAUCCCUUAAUCGAGUUACGUAUGACCACUCCCGAAAUGACAUACAAUUUGACAUAUCCCAGAAGAGACACAAGCAUUUGUACAAUUACGUUGGAGACUGGAUCGACGUCGGGCUCACUGGGUUUGGGGGAUGUUGCUAUUAUAAUCCUUAUGAUAUUUCGCUCCUGGAUUACAAGUUGGGUCGGAUGGCCCAGAUGCAGUGA